AUGAGGGCUUACUUCCAUCCAGAGAAAAUUUUGCACCUAAUCAUUUCGUUCCAAUUAUUUUUAAGCAGAUACGUAAACGCAACUUCCUUUAACAAUAAACUAACUGAAGAUUAUAAAGAUAGUAACAAUAAUAGCACAUCUGCUGAAGAUUUUAAUAACAAUGACAAAGCUUUAAAUGAUAUUUCCUUUGAUACUGUUUUAAAUUUUGAACAUCAAUAUGACGUUGCCUCUUUCCUUUCUAAAGUUUCAGGUCUAGAUGAUAAAGGUGUACACAACCUAAUCACCAAUGUUUUUGUGCCCGAUAAAUCUUUUAUUUUUCCUAAAAAAAGUGGGCGUUCCUUUCGGCAUGAAUGGCUAAAGACCUUUUCAUGGCUUAAAUAUUCACCAACUUUGGAUGGAGCAUUUUGUUUGCCAUGUAUCCUUUUUAGUCACAAGGUUGCUAACAAAACUUCUAAGUUACAGAAAUUGCUUUCUCAACCUUUUCGACAUUGGCCAGCUGCCAAAAACUGUUUUAAACAACAUGAAACAUCAAAAAAUGGUUUACAUAUUCAAACCAGCCUAACUUUUAGUGCAUUUGUAAAGAAUUUUUUAGGACAAACUCAACCAAUCAGUGUAAUCAUAGAUUCCAACUACAAAAAACAGGUUGCUGAUAAUCGAAAGUUCUUAACACCAAUUGUUGACACCAUAAUUUUAUGUGGUCGUGUUUGUAUUCCUCUUCGUGGCCAUAGGGAUGAUAGUAAAUAUCAUCCUGAAGUUGGAAAUUUUUCAACUGGUUCAACUGGCAAUUUUAUUGAUCUUUUAAAUUACAGAGUACGUGGUGGAGACACAACCCUUGGAAAUCAUCUUCUAAAAUGUAAUAAGAAUUCUUCUUACAUUUCUAAAACUUCACAGAAUGAAAUAAUUAAUUGUUGUGCAGAUAUAAUCACAGAAAAUAUUGUUUCUGAAGUUAAGAAAAACAAGUUUUUUACGAUUAUAGCUGAUGAAGCAUCAGAUACAUCCAAUAAAGAGCAGUUAUCAUUAGUUUUACGCUAUGUAGAUAGCAAUUUUGACAUUAAAGAAGAUUUCAUUCGAUUUCUUCACUGUAAGGAAGGUUUAUCUGGAAGUGCUCUUGCUUCCAUUAUUCCCAAAGCUCUAAGUGAUGACCUAGUUCUAAAUGUUCAAGACUGUAGAGGCCAGGGUUAUGAUGGGGCUGGUGCUGUGGCUGGUAGAAUUAAUGGUCUUUCUGCUCAUAUUUUGAGAAUCAACAGGAAGGCUAUUUAUACUCAUUGUCAUAGUCAUCGCCUCAACCUCUGUAUAUGUGCCUCUUGUUCAGUCCAAACAAUUAGAAAUGUGCUUGAUAACAUAAAAGAGAUUUCCUAUUUUUUUAAUUUUUCCCAAGUAAGGGAAGACAUGUUUGUGAAAAAUAUUGAAUUGUAUGCUCCUGAUUCCUUAAAAAAUAAGCUUAAGGAUGUUUGUCGCACAAGGUGGAUUGAACGUGUUGAAGGUAUGGAUACAUUCCAAGAACUUUAUGUCCCUCUUGUUUUCAAAGGCAAUGCAAUAUUGACACAUCAUCAAAAGCCUUGUCCUUAUAUAAAUUAA